AUGUCACAGAUGUCGGUGCAAAGUCGGUAUGUUUCGAAAACCUUCUUUUUCUUCUUCUUCUUCUUCUUCUUCUUCUUCUUCUUCUUCUUCUUCUUCUUCAUAACUCACGAUAAUUCUUCUUCUUCUUCUCUGAAACAAGUAAGUAACCCCCCCUCUCUCUCUCUCUCUCUCUCUCUCUCUCUCUCUCUCUCACGCAUAUAUUCUUACUCGCUCACUCACUCACUCACAAGUCUGAAAGUCCUUUACCAUCUUUUCUUUCUUUUUCACUCUUUUUACUCAUUUCUUUCUCUCUCACUCUGUGCUUUUUACACAACUUACUCCUCCUCUUUUUCUCACGCUUAUUCUCUCAAUAUAUCUGCAAUCUUUCUUUCUUUUCCAUGGCGUCCAUUAAUCACCGUUUCCAACCACAUUCUGCGAUAUUUUUUUUCUUAUGACUCUACAGAAAUGCUACCCCCCACCCCACAUACACACCGUUUUUUAUUCAUUCCACCUUACAAACUACGCAACAGACAAAAUUUUUCCUACCUGAUAUUAUUUCUUCUUUGCAAUUGUUUUCUCCCACCCUGUCUACCCGUUAUUCACAGCCCACUAUCCACUUUCCUCUUCGUCCUCUCUCUCUCUUCCUUAUUCCUACACUCCGCCUCUAAGUGUAUUUUCCGGUGUGAACACUGUCCGUCCCACAAUUCUUUGCAACCAUUAUUUGUUUAUUCCUUUAGUUAUUCUUUCUUUGUGACCACGACCAUCAGAGAGCAGAAGACACUAUCUUUCGACCUCUCCCUACCGGACAAUUAUAUUUCCGCCCAUUUAACCAAUGUAAUCACUGACUGUACAUGUUUUCUUUUUUUUUUUUUUUCUUUUUUUUUUUACGCUUUUUGUCUUUUUUUUUUUUUCAUUUUUCUUCCACUUGUGCUUAGCUUACUUUUUUCUCUACCACAUUUUUUUUGUUUUUUAUUAUCCAAUACUUUUAAACUUUUUUAUCCCCUUCUUCUUCUUCUUCUUCUUCUUCUUUCUCUCUUUCGUUUUCCUUUUUUUCUUCCUUUUUAUUGUUUUAUCGUGCUUUUCUCUUUUCCUUUUAUUGUUCUCUUCUUUUGUUUUUAUUCUUUCUUUUUCAUUCCUUUUUUUACUGAUCUCUCUUUUUUUGUCUUUUCCUUAUUUUUUCUUUCUACUUUUCUCUCCUUUUUAGACUUUCAUUCUUCUUGUGUUUUUCUUUCUUUUUUCUUUCUAAUAUUUAUUUUUUCUUCGUUUUCAAAUUUGUUACCUUUUUCUUUGUCUUAG